AUGGUGUCUACAGCAUUUUAUGUUUUGUUCCUCCUCUUACUGCUGAACGGUUUAAAUUCAGUGAACUUCGAUCAAAAUGAAGGUAAACAUGAAGGAAAUAUCAUAGAAACCAUUAAUGAUUUCGGUUUCGAUCUGUUAAAGAUUUUCGAUCAAGACAAGGAAAUGAAAGGCAUCAAUUUGUUCUACUCUCCGACAAGCAUCGCCGUUGCUUUAGCAAUGGUGUUUCUGGGGAGUAGGGGAAACACAGCUGAUGAAAUAGCUAAGGCAAUGAAGUGGUACGUUUAUGAAUCUGAAGACGUUCAUUUGACAUUGAAAUCGUUAAUGGAAGCUAUUGCAGAGUCUGAACAUGCAAACCUCGAGCUGAAGAUCGCCAAUCGAUUAUGGGGACACGAAUACCUACACGAAACUGCAGAAUAUAAAGAGAGUAUCUUGGCCUUUUAUAAUACUCCAAUUGCAAAAGUCGACUUCAAAGAGGGUUCUGAAAGAGCCAGAGAGGAGAUAAAUCAGUGGGUUGAAAAAAAUACUGGAAGGAAAAUUAAGGAUUUUCUGCCUCCGGGGUCUGUGACUGAAGAUACUAGAGUGGCAUUAAUUAAUGCAAUUUAUUUUCAGGGUACUUGGCUUCAUGCUUUUGAUCGGGAAAAAACACAUCAUGCACCAUUUCACACUGUUGGUGAUGGUGAGCGGGUUCUCGAAGUUUCAAUGAUGACAAAAACUUCAAGACAAAGUUACCACGUUGAUGAAGAACACAACUGCCAAAUACUGGAGCUUCCGUAUGAUGGCGAUGAUAUUUCCAUGUUGAUCGUCCUUCCAAAUGACAUCCUUGGAAUUUCAAGCAUCGAACAGCUGAUAAACACUGAGUUGAUGGAAAAAUGGAUUAUGUCUUUUGUCAAAACCACCGUUAAAGUAUCAAUUCCCAGGUUUAUCCUAAGUCAGCAUUUUGAAUUAAAGAAGACUCUGAGUAAACUUGGCAUCAGUGAUGUGUUUGAGGCAGGCAUUGCAGACUUGUCCGGGCUGAGUUCUGUGGAAAGCUUAUAUGUAUCGCAUGUGAUACACAAGGCACAGGUCCAUGUGAAUGAGAAGGGAACUGAAGCUGCUGCAGCAUCUGGGGUGAUCAUGCAAAAGAGAUCUGUAGAAAUGUAUCCUGAAUUUUAUGCUGAUCACCCAUUUCUGUUUAUAAUUUACCACAAAUCUACAAGAGCUGUUUUAUUUAUUGGUCGGGUUACAAGACCAGAGAUAGCAGAGCAAGGACAUUUUACUGCUGAAACUAAAGAGAAACCUAACACAAGGCAUUAUAGUGAUGAGCUGUAAGUUAACCCUAUCAGUUAGAUUAAACACCAAAUUCUCACAGCUACAAUCAUAAGAAAUGCAAAGAAGACAGAUAGGAGAAUUUGUAUCGAGAUCAUAGGAGUGAAAGGAUUAAGUUGCAUGUUAAAAAGGAAGACAAUUUUAAGAAAGCAUAAAAUCAGAAUCAUGUGUUCCAGAGGUAGCCUUUAUCUCUGCAUGUGUCCCCAUAGGGAAUCAAACCUCAGACAUUUCAGAUUAUACAUGAACUUUGUAAUGGGCCUUGCUCACCAUAGAGUCUCUGUGGCUCAGUGGUAGAGCAUCAGAGCACUGAAUCUGAAGGUCUGAGGUUUGAUUCCUGAUGAUUAUAGAAAUAAUUUUCUCUUUUCCUCACACUCAUGAAAAUAAUCUUGCGCUAUUGAUGGAAUAUUGGUCAACUGUUACUUGCCUACUGACCAACUAUUGCCUGACAUAUUCAUCACCUGUUGGAUCUACCUAUCAGACAAUGGUUUCCCAAGGCUACUUAAAGGAUAUGCAACCUUAAAGUCAUGUAUGUGGGCUCUAAAUUGAUUCAAUCUCACUGGAGGUUUUGGAUGGAGAAGUGGCCCUUGGGAAGGCCAGAGAAUGAAGCUAAGAAUAAGAUGUAUUAACCCUUUCAAUCCCACAAGUGACCAAGACAGACUUUCUCCUUACAACAUCAAUACAAUAUCAAGCAGGCAGGUGAUGAGAAUAGAGAAGAAUAUCAAUCAUGGGAUUAUUAGUUGAUCCAAUACCAAUUUCUCUGAACUAACAUCAUAAGAAUUGUAUGGCAGAUCUUGGGAGUGAAAGGGUUAAAGCGUUGUUCUUUAGAUUGAAGAAGCUUAGAAAUGGACUGGUUCAUAAGAUUUCACAAUAAAAUAAAACUGUCUGCACAACAGCAAAGUGGCCCAUUGUAGUGAAGCUAAACCAGGUUUUUGCGACUUGAAGUGACGGGAGGUUCUGCUACUUUACUUGGCUUGGAAGCUGGUUCACUUUUAAUUAGUAGAUGAGAUAAUUAACAAUUAUUUAUUGAAAUGGAGGUAAAUAUCCACCACUUUCACCGACACAGUGGUAAAAAAUUGUUCUAGUAAAUACCACUCAGAAACAAAAAAAAUAGCUUAUUUCUGACAAAAACCCCAAAAAAUGGUUGGAAAUUAAAUUGUUGGUGCACGGUUUUGUCCUUUUGGCUGUUGAGGUGAGUAGUACUUGGUAAUCACUUCCACACCAAUCAAUUAGUGUAAAUGUUGUGGUUCAAUUUUAUCCUAGGUUCAAAUUUUAUUUUCCUUUGUUUUUGGAUAUUGUAAUGUAGGAUAAUGAGUUUGAAACAAAAUAAUUAACCUGUGUGGCAUUUAUUAAAUAAGAUAAAUUUAUUUACUGUGGAUAAGAUACUUACCUGCUGGGCCAGUUUACAGGUUUUUCACAGCAUAAAAAUUUAUCAAAUAAUUAUGAUGAUGAUACAAAUUAUGUCUACUUCAACAAAACUUUAUUUAAAAUCACAACUUCUCAACCACCCCCAAAAAAUAUACAAUGGUCCUUCCUUAAAAUUAUCAAUCAAAGCUUAGAAGCUAAUCUUUCCUAUGUGCUUGAGAACUUACUGACUGUUAUUGCCAGUACAUACUUCAUCUGGAGGCAAGUUCCAUUUCUUAACUACAAAAUAUCUGGAAAUUCUCAUUGUUUCAUCAGAUUUCUCUGACAAUACAGUGCCAUCAAUUUAUUCUCUUGAUUGGAUAAAGGCAAAGUACAAGUAGUGUCUUGCUCAAUUACAAUACUGUUACAACUCCUUACAAUACUGUUUCCAAUGCAUUUACAAGCACACCACCAUUAUAUCUCCUUCAGCAUUGUACAUCACUUUAGAAAAUUCAUUUCCAUACAGACUUUCAUAGUCUUGUUACAGCUUGGUCAUAGCAAAGGCAAAAAAAAUUAAAAGGCUUUAUGAUUAAACUUCCUGUAGGUCUCUUAAAUUGCUCUAUUGAUGAAGGCCAGGCAACAGAAAUCAAGUAUGUAUCUCAUAAUUAAAAAGAGGUCAUAAUGAUAAUCUUUUUGAAAAGUAUUUUAAAAGUAGUAAAUGUCUGACUUUCUGAGGGGCUCCCCUAAAUUUGAACAGGGCUUCAACAAAAAACAGUAACCCCAGUCUACCACGGCCUCUAAGACCCUUUACCACCGUUGGUUUAGCAUGCCCCCUCACCCCCUAUGGGAAAGGGGCCUUGUGGCCCAUACAUGAGAACAGCCUCCUAUGACUCCAACUUUAGCUACUUAUGGAAGAAGUUAUUGAAACCUUUGAUUGAGCUAAAGAGACUCUAUGGUGAGCGAAGCCCAUUACGAAGUUCAUAUAUGAGACGCGUCCUGCAUACUGAUAGGAUCAGCAGUAAUGCUCAGUGGUAGAGUAUCGGAGCGCGGAAUCCUUAGGUCUAACGGUCGAUUCCUUAUUCCUUAUUCCUUAUGGGAAAAUUUUUCUUUAUGUCAAGACGAAAAAAUAUCUUUCUCCAUUUCUUUACCGAGCACAAAACUUACCAUCUUUGUUAAUCUAUUUACUACUCUAGUGUUGUAAUUGUCAAGCUGAGGGGGAAGUAUGGAUCUCUAUAUAAGUUCUCAAUUGAAUUGAAAGCAAAGUUUUUGGCGGGUUAGCACCUCAUGAUAUUUGACAUCAAAGGUCUUUCCUUUGGGCUUUUGAAAAUCACUGCACCAAAAUGUAUCCCAUGGUCUUGAUGAUUUUGACACCAUUGUCUGGUGCGUGAGAUGCCACGUUACCACACGUGUUUGUGUCGUCACUAUACCCCCAGUACCCAGUCCCAAUCUGCUGUCACAGCUGUUGCAGUCAUUCUGUUCAUUGUUUGUGAUACCAAUUCUUGCUUUAGAACUCUGAAUAUUACUACCAACGGCAUUGAAUCCCUCUUUAUUGCAGUUUGACUGCAGGGAGGCUUGUGAUCCAAUCAGUGUCUUCCACGUGUCACGACCCAGUGAGGUGGCUCGGUAUUGCCCGUCUGCGAUGAGAGAGUGCAGAGAGUCAGCCUGCUUGUUGACGACUAAGAAAUUGGUCACAUUGCCGACUUUCAUUCCAAGACAGAUCUUGGAGAAAGAUGUGUUCCAAUAG